GUUGUCAGUACAAAUUACAAAAUGAUAAUGGGUCGUUUUCCUCUCCAAAUGUUCUAAACAAUUCCUAUCCAGAUUUUCAAGUCUGCUCCUGGUCAGUAACAGUCAACGCAUCCUUGAGAAUUUUGAUGAAACUUCAAACCAUGAACAUUCCGAACUGUGAAGAAAAUUAUUUGGAUAUUUAUGAUGGAAGACAUGAUAACGCAUCAACGCUUUUAGCAAGAUUUUGUGGCAAAAAUGCAACUUCAGGAGCAAAAGUGACAUCGAAAAUGAAUAACUUAUACAUUGUUCUCAAAUCGGGUAACAACUAUGCAAGGAAUAGUGGAGAUUUGUCAAAAAGCUUGGGAUUUUAUGCAGAGUAUGAAGCUUUUGAACAAG